AACAGUGAGGCAGGCUCGUUAAAUAUUUAGCACACAUCAAUAUAGGUUAUAAACAAUAACAUUUACGGAAUCACAACGUUUCUCUUUUGCGCUGACGAUGUGUUUUACAUAGAAAUGUAUUUGUCAUUAUUAUGAAAUUUUUAAGGCGACAUGACAACAAACGUAUAUAAAGUUGUUAAAAUCUUUUUACGAUAAACGAAAUCUCGUAUAUAGCCGUACAAUAGCCGCAGUAUAUUUCAUAUAACAAAAAGGGUUAUACUUUCUCGGUGAACAAUAUGGCGAGCUAGAAUGAAAUUUUUUGUCGAACAGAUUUUUUUGUAUUGAACCAUUAUUUUAAUCUCGCAUUUAGAAUUGUACUCGAACGAACUAUUGAGGUAAUCACUAGUUGGUGAUAAACAUGAACAGCAUGAAUGAUAAAGAAGAUCACAAUCAAAAAAACACUCAACAGAGUGAAAAAAUGGAGACUUCUGGGAAGAUAUACGUGAAGCCGCCUCAGGAAAUGCUAAAGGAUUCUUCGUCGAAAGAUGAUGGGCAACGUGCAAGUGAAGGUCCCAGGGAAAUGCCAGAUGAAGAAUUGCGGUUCAUCAAAGAGUUGGUUGAUGAUGACUUCAUGCAAGGAUUGGACGUCUUAGACGCAUGGGAAGGAGAUGAAGAUAAAAGUCACGAGAAUGAGCAAAAUGUGACGGAUACUGUAAAGCAAAAUCAAAAACCCUCUAGCAAGAGUAAUUAUAGGGAACACCAUCAUGCUGAGCCUAAAGGAUCUCACAGCCGUGACAAGUCGAAGAGAGAAGAGAAGAAACGCGAGGAGACUCGUCGGGAUCCUUUGAAGAGCACCAAGGACAUCGAAAGAGAUAAGAUUCGAACGAAGAGAGACACGGAGAGUAAACUUCUUGCUGAAAAGGAGAAGGCGAUCAAACAUUUGUUGGAUUCGGACAACGUUGUCCCACCUGGCACGGAAACUGAAGCCAUUCAGAGCAUCAAAGAGGAACAGAAUAGGGAACGAGCGCAACGUGAAGCACAACGAAGCAAAGAGCAUCGUAGGAGUAUAGAUCGUUAUAAUAGACCGAGUCCACGGCGUAGAACUCCCGACAGAUCUCGGUUGAGUCCGCAUCGACGAAGAAGUCCUUUUAUAAGCCCAGAACGUCGUAAGAGUCCUUUUAAGACAAACAUUGAGAGACACAGAAGUCCUCUUAGAUACAGCCCAGGCAGGCGAAAAAAUUCACCGCGAUAUUUCUCAGAUCGGAGGAGUCCUAUAUUAAGUCCAGAUCGACGAAGAAGUCCAAGACGACUCAGCAGGGAACGACGAUCCAGUGCAGAUAGAAGAUGGAGUGCUGAGCGGCACAGAAGACGAAUCGACAUGCACGAACGCCGGAGAAGUCGAUCUCGCGAUCGGAGGAGUCGCAGUACGGAACGUUUGAGAAGACGAUCGAGUCGCUCGCCAGUGAGCAGGCGGUACAGCCCCCGUCAUCGAAGUCGCACACGCAGCAGAUCGGUGGAGAAGCGCCCCAGGAAGCGUUCGCCUUUUAUCAACGAGCUGGCGAGGCAGCUGAGAGACGGAGCGAUGAAGCCGACCGGCGUCAACACCGGCGGAUACGUGCCGUCCGCGACGAUGGAAGAAAUAUUCGCACCGAUAUUGAACGCAUCUGAAUUUAACCAAGAAGCGGAACCUCGACCGCCGCCGUCUGUCGCAUCUUCGUAUGUUCAUCAACCGGGUCCACUUCCGCCGCCGCCGCCGCCGCCGCCGGCAGCGUCGUCCAUGUUACCUAUGGCGGGUGGACCAUCGUUUAUGAACUUCGAACCCAUACCACCGAUGAAUUUCGAACCCAUACCUCCGCCGCACACCUUGCCGCCGGCGGAAUAUUCUUCCGGUCCAGUUAUGUACAAUCAGCCGAGUUCCGUUCCUGUCCAAGCACCACCUCCACCUCCUCCGCCGACGAUUCGUUCAUCGUUGCUUUCCACGCCAGUGCCCCCGCCGCAACCAGUACCCGCCCCGAUAAUGGAUCACACGCAAAUGCCGUAUAAUCCAUCACACGGUAUGCCUUCUGUCCGACAAUCGCCGAUUCAUCAAUUUGAAUCAUCAAGCAAAUCUUCGAAUCACUCGGCCGCACCCUCCACGUCGUCGCAGAGUUACACAGAACGUGGAUCGUCAACGUCGUACAACGAAUUUCGUGCUCCGCGCGAGGAACGUAUGAAGACGCCCGAACCACCGGUCAUCUCCAAGCCAAAACAAUUCGAAAAGACGAGCUUGUCCAGUCUAUUGGAAGCAUCUGUUUCAGCCAAAGAUCCAUCUAAUAUACCGGUGCUAUAUCCAGGAUUCAAGCCUGAAAUAAUGCAACUUUGCGAUCAAGCGUUGUGCCAGCUGCCAUUUGAGGACCCGCGUUUAAUCAUGAAGGGUAGAUUUUUCUAUAAUCGCGUUGACGAAGACAAUGAGAAAAAUGAUCCCGAGGAUCAUACAUCGAAUUCGAUGCUCCUGCAGAAGGGCAAAACUAAAAUAUAUUGGGAAGAGAACAACGUGGAGCAGCAAGUGCCGGUCCCGAAAACAACAACACAAACGCAUCAGAAAAUCUGCCAGACAGAUGAGGUGGAAACUGAAACAAAGGGCGUGCAGGUAAUCGUCAGCACGGCUGACUUUCAGUCACAAGUUUAUCCGCAUGAGCUUCAGGCAGUGAAAGAAGAGAAACGGCCGAUAAUGGAUCGUCUUGAAUGGAACACGCGGGAAGCGUACGAAAAUCCGUCCAGAUUUCGCGAAGUUGACGAUCUGAGAUGGAGCUUGAAUAAUUCUUCGCAGAGACGUUGGAACAGGCAGUCGUCUCCUUCUCCUAGAAGAUCCGACGAGCACGAAUUUCAUUUAGCUUCCACGGAUCACGAAUCUAGAGAGAUGAGACUGGACUCUCCUGUUAGGGAGGCUUACUCUAGUCGCGAGUAUUAUAGUCAUAGCAAAUAUUCGCCAGAUUAUCACAGACGUUCCGCGGAGCGUGACGAUUUCCAUGACAGAAGGAGCGAUCAUAGCCGUGGGGAGAGCCCGAUGGAAUUGGAAGACUCCGACAAUGAGACGGUGGUGGCCGAACAUACAUUCCAAAGAGGAUCUGAUUGGCAUGGAAGAGGGAAAACGUUGAGGGGUAGAAGUCACACCUCGAGAGGAAAGCACCCGGGAAGAAGGUCGUUUCGGAGAAACUUUCGAGUGAACAACAAUGAAGAGACAAUUAUAAAAACUUAAUAUGCUCAAAUAUCUUUGCACAAGUGUGUUUAACUAUCCAAGUAUUAAUUGUGCAUACUAUGCCAGAAUGGGAAUCAGUGUCUACAAAAAACUUCAAGACCAUUAGUCUCCUUUCUUCGCGUUACAAAAAUUAUAACGCAAAAUUGUAAAAAUUGUUACAAUCAAAAUAAUACCAUAUCUAUGUAAUCUGUUUGUACAUGGCACUAUGUGUCAUAAUAUCGCUUGUAACAAUGAUAAAUGCUGACAAACAUUCUGUUACUGUUAUUGUUAAUUGAAUAUUGAUUGAUAUUUGAUUUAUUAAUUAAAUAUUAAUGAAUGUAUGUGUAAAAGAACAGCGAUAAUACACAACAAUCCUAUUUAAUAAAUAAUCAGUAUAAGUAUUCAAUAUCGCUGCACACGACUUGUUGCGAGACACCGCUGUGUUAUUGAAUCUUAAAGAAAAAAAACACAUGUGUCGAUGAAAUGAAGACUUAAAGCGGAAGCAAUAAGAGUUAUAAGUGAAAUAUAUUGCAGAAUUUGUCAAACAAGUGUGUCUGAUCAUUCGUUUUAUCACAACGAUUUUUCUAUUGUAGAACUAGGCUGUCAUUAUUCUGAAUAUCUCAUCGAUCAUAUCAGUUUUCGUGACUGCAGGGAUUCGAUUGUAGAAUAGUUACGUGGUAAAUUACUUAGCGUAAGAAAUACUUGUCGAACUGUAAAUUGAGUAUUUUAUUUUUUUUAAGAAACAAGACUGCAUAUAUUGCGAACUAAUCUAUAGUGAUAUACGUUGUAUGCUACAACUCCAAGUGUUGCAUCAUGUUAUGCAGUUUACAUGGUCUUGUCUCGCUUCGACACUUCGUAUGUCAUUCGUGAUCUUUUUUUUUUUUUUUUUUUUUUGAUAAGUUUUAUCCUAUAUUCUUUAUUCGUCCCGUGCGUUUAUAUAUAAUAAUUUUUUUGUGAGAAAAACACGUUUUAUCGAGUGCCAUCUCAUCGCGCAAGUUAGCAAUAUCGUUAUUGUCAUUAAGUGAUUAUAGUGAUUUAUAAUGCGUUACAAGUAUACACAUAUUUGUUAAAGUUUUCAAUUGUUUACAUUGUUUAACAAUUGUUUAACAAUUGUUUAACAUUAUAUUUUCUUUUUUUAUACCAGCCAAUUACAAUUAUUUAUCCUAUUAGAUAUUAUUAUAAUUAGAACAACAUAUCUUAUUUAAAGAACAGCAUAAACGAAAAUGUAACUAUAAUUACAUUAUAUUCCACAAAUAAUUUCUAUGAAUUUUUUUAAUGAAUUGUCAAAACAUGUCAGUGUUAUAUUUGAUUUUAAUAGAUAACAUAUUCUUAUAUCCAAAUGUAUCUUUGGUAUUUUUUCCUCAUUAUAUGUGCCUUUAAGAAAUUAUCACCAAAAACAAGAUCUGUUCUUUUAAAAGGAAUAAAAAGAAAAUUAAUGAAAAUAUCGUAACAAGCAUUUGCAAUUUUUACUCCUUUAUAUGUUCUUGUAGAAGUCUGCUGCUCCAAUCAUAUUUCUAUACAAUUAAAAAUGUAUUCAUAUUUAUUCCCUUCGAUUUAACGAGUCAGUAGUUUAUAUUGAUUAAUUAUAUAAAUUACACCAAUUAUCGUGGCAAAUAUAAAUAAGUGCGCGUGGGUAUAAAUAUAGAGAAUUAUUAAUUGAAUCGUAUCUGUAUCUAGCAAUAUAAAAGCAUUUGUUUCAAGGUCCAUCAGCAGCACUUUGUAAAAAAUAUAUUUCACGCUUUUAAGUUCUACAUAAAUCUAGUACGUUCUUUCGAAGUUAAUUGUGUUGUAAAUUGCAUUGUUUUUUAAUCUUCAGACAUGAUCGUUUGAUUCGAAUUGAGCAAUUUAUGUUGCAAUUUAACGCACAUUUAAUUUAUGAACGUCCAGUUUAAACCGUUUCGCAGAUUUAUUCAGCCUUGCUUCAAAAAUAAAUAUAUUAUCAUGAAGUAGCUGCGUAUAUUCCUUAAUGAUCUCAGUGGAAAUCUUGAGAGAGAAUGCGUAAGUCGAGAAUGCUUUGUUAAGUGAGAAUCUUUAGUGACUCAUGCGGUUUCUAAUGAAAUAUUCUCUUCACAGAAAUAUCGCAACUUCUUACAUCCCUUGGCUUGAAACCAAGCUGCUUACGCUAAACUACGCUACAAGAUUUUUCUAUAUUUUUCCGGGUAUUAUAUAAAUUAUAAAAUAUUUAACAAAUUUGUACUAUUUCCGUUUUAGAAAAAAUUGUUUCAAAUCGUGUUACAUAUAAAGUUCGAGCAUAAGGAUUUUAGAUUGUGAUUUUAGAUUAGAACUUCGUAUCUCGGUAUGGACAUAUUAUUUAUUUUAUAAAUACCGCCAAAUUGUUUUAUUAAGCGUAUCACGAUAUUUUGAUGCCCUUAUCUUUACACUUACUGCUUUAGAUGCAGUUUAUGAUAACAAAGCAAAUGAGAUGGAAAUUAUAUAUACAUUUCUUAAACCAGAAGAUGGAUAUUAUUCCGGUCCAUGUGUAUCAGACUUCUAUUUAUCCAUCUAUAUUGAUCAUCAAUCAAUUGUACAAAACAGUAUUUUUAUCUGCGUAUUAUUUAUAUCUACGUAUUUCUUUUAGAAUAUUUCUUUCUAAAGAAUAAGAGUUUAAUUUUUGAUUGCUGAAUUUACGUUCGAUUGCUAAAUUAAGUUUCGUGUAAGCAGAUGACACUACACCAAGUCAGAAAUUAAUAACUUUGGUCUAUUGGAUAAAAACGAGUGCUCACCGAUCGAUUCGAAUUCACCCUCUUGUCGCAGGGCGACAUGGCGCGUAGAGUCAGCUGUGCUAGCCGAUGCUGCCAUCGCGCGUUAAUCGAGCGUAUCUGCUGUUGUCAAGCGACGCAGCGUCGCGUUGGCAGACCUGCCGUGUCGGAGUUCGUCCUCGCUCUCGCUCUGCGCCACGACGGUGGCGUUCGUGUGCGCUGUCUCGCGGCCGAUAGACGAAUCAUUCGGCAUGGAUCCAGCUCCAUGUUCGCCCGUGAAAGCGAUGCGGUGUCCCCGCGGUUAGGACGUUGUACGAUUCUCGUGUGUGCUGCGGGAACGUCGCGCGUUACGCGUCGUGUAAGCCGCGAGCCCGAGCGUCCGCUCGACGUCGUCGUGAUCGGUGCUCAUUCGUGCGCGUUCGCGAGCCAGUGGUGCGUCGGACAACCUCGUCUCGUGUGUCUCAGUGUGGCGUGGCGGCACAGCAGCAGUGACGGUAGCAGCAAUAGCAUCGGUGGCAACGCUUUUAACACGAAACAAGCCCUACGGGACGUCCGCGGGGGACCUCGUAGAAGCCGAUCACGGCUGCGACGCGAGCUGGCGAGGAGGAGCACUCGUCGGUGCGUGUCGGCGGUGGCGACGGCGACGGCAGCAGCGGCGGCGGCGGCGCGUGCUGCGAGGACGAGGUGAAUGCACGGCGGCCGCGGUGUGUGCCAGUGGUGUGCGCGCUCGUCGCCCGUGGAAACCCGCCAAAACCCGCGGCCGCGAACAACCACCACCGCCACCACCAUCAACAGCAACAACAGCAACAACAACGAUAUCGACAACGUCGGCGGGAGGAGUAUCUGCACGUACAUCGGCGGCGGGGAAGGCAGCUAUAAAAAUCCCAGUGCGGCGAAACAACUGGGAGAAGUGAUAACGGAAGGACGUCCGUCGGCUGUCAGAAAUUACCGCUCUGGCGCGAGGUCGUUGGCCCGAAACAUCGUUCGACAUUUUAGCAACGGGAAGAGGAGCCAAGACGCAGGUGUUCACGUGCGAGCCACAGUCAUCGACGGUCAUUAAUCAUCGCCGCCACCAUUUCUAUCGCAUCGUCGCUACCACCCAUUCGUAUACGACGCUGCUCGUCGCCGCCGUGGAUCCGCUUCCUCGCACGACCGACUGGAUCCUGCGAGAGAGAAACGCGCCGGCGGAUAUACGCGAGUUUCACGGCCACGACCCGAUUGCGAUCGGCGAAAGGAAAGGCAGCACAACGAGCGGAGCAACGAGCGAGAAGGUAAUCCCGCGCGCGCGCUCGCGUCCACAAGUGUGCGUGUAUGUGUGCGAACCGUGAUCGGAACUCGCGUCUCGAAUCACGUCGUGUGUCGGUAGUCGCGCGCGACUCAGUGCCGCGCGUCGUGUCUCGUGCGUUUCGUCCGUGUGCCCGUUCGACAAGGAGAAUCGCGCGCGCGAACGGGCGUUCGUUAUGCUCGCAGUGACAGCUCGGCGAUAACGCGCCAAGGUGGCUCCGGUUUCUCUCAGUGCUCCGAGUCGAAAGUUUUUUUCGCACGCGAGGAAGUAUACGUACAUCGCAUAUCCAGUUUUCAUUUCUCCCCCUCCUCCCCUGUCCGUUCCUACCCGGUGAAGUGCGCGACUGUUAACCAGUGAAACGUAUACGUGGUGCCGCGUUAUACGUAUUUAAUAUAUAUAUACGCAUAUGUAUAUACAAACUAUAUCCGCAUCAUCCAGUGUGCCCGAUUGUGCGAGUUUUUCUCGCGCGUGUGCUGCGUUUUCCUUCUUCGUGACUGAAGAUCCAAUUUGCCUGCCCCUCCAACCCUUUCAACCGAUUGUGGCGAAACGAAAGACAACGCAUUUCAGCCCGCCUGACAGGGAUCGCAUCGAAGGUAUCAACGCGUUGCUCCGCCACCGGUAAAGCAUGAAAGCUGACAGCGACGCGAAGUGAACAGGCCCUCUCAUUCUCCCCACUCCCUCCCUUUCGAAAUACGCACCUGCUGACAAACAGAAAACGAAGGCUGAACCCUCUGACUAUACAUACAUUUAGAAAAAGGAAAAAAAAAAAGAGGAUCGCAACGGAUCACCG